CAGUUUGUUUCAAAACUAUUAACAACCUAUACCAAGAUGUUCAAACUUGUGGUUUUAUCUGUUUUGCUUGCCGUGGCGGCUGCUAAGCCCAGCGCUAUUUGGGGUGCUGGAAUAGCCACACCUUUGACUGCUGGUUUGGCUACACCAUUGACUGCUGGCUGGGGCGCACCCUGGGCCGCAGGAGUCGCCACUCCUUGGGCUGCACCCAUCGCUGCUCCUCUUGCCGCACCAGUUUCUACAGUCGCCAUCGGCGGUCCCGCACACUGGGUUAAGAAGAGGUCCAUUGUAGCUGCUACUCCUUGGGCUGCUACACCCCUGGUUGCAGGACCUCUGGCCGCUACUCCCCUAACCUUGGGUCGCUCAUGGGUUGGUCCUGCUCCAGUUGCUGCUGCCCCCAUCGCUCCUUGGGGUUUGGGAGUCGGUGCUCGUGUCGGACUUUGGUGA